AUGGAUCCCGCCCACGGAUCGGAAAUCCAUCAUCAUCUAGCACGUGCCAUCAUGCACCUGAAUAGUCUCGCGGGCUUUCUUCCCUUCUUUGAACCAGCAGUCGACUGGGAAGACGCACACAUGGCUCCUUCACGGACCCAUGAGCCCACUCCAUACACUCUUCGCUAUGGGCGACCAUCCACAUCCAGGCUUCAUCCACAUCUUCACUCACCAUACCCCACACUAGCGACCCAUGGGGAUCUUCCACGUCAAAUGGUCCCCAAUCCAGUCCCGCACUUUCGACCCAUUUCCAGCACUAUGUCGCCACGAACAUUUGAACCCGAUACCGGGACCGCUUCAACACCAGCCUUCCUACCGAUCCACCACACAUCCGUCUCCAAUGAGGAUCAGCUGACACCUCAAGGGCGGACAAUGGACGAGCGUCCGAACAAACGACCGCGCACGGAGGGGCCACAUGAGACAGGCCUUGUCAUCCUUCCACCACAACCAAAACCACCAAGCAUUUCAUCUCGACCCAUGGAUACUCCCAUGCCAAAAACCAACACAACAACUCCUGCAACCUUAUCCAUGGAACAUCCACCACCUACCCUCCCUUCAAUUCGUACACCAGCAGAUUCGUCUGCCACGGACUCCUCUGACCACGAGGAUGGUCCCCACCCUGGGAUCCCUGACACCUUGCCCAAUCCAGCCAGGGCAGUCUCCAUUGUUCUCGCUCGCAGCCGCCAACGGAGGGAAGAAAGAGAGGCUCUUGCCAACCUUGCUACCCACACCCAUCCGGCCAUUCGUUCGGCAUCUCCACCAAACACGGCUCCUAAUCUUGGCCCGGAGAUUCUCAUCUCCACAAAGACCCGGGGAACCGUCCCACCGGACGCGGAAGACCCAGACCGUUUGGCCCAUUAUUUGAACCUUCGCUCCUUGGCACCAUGUUCCGUGAACGUUCUCGGACCACGCCCUCCGCCACCAAGAGUACAACAACCUCCUAGCAUUCGUCGUCGUGUUCUGCUCCUCGUGGAUCUCGAUCCCACUCGGGAAAUCCUCACAUCCCUGGGGAACGAUGCUAUGGAAGUCACUACCCGAGAUUUUGACCACAACCUUGAUUACUCUGAACAGAUUGGGAUGUUCCAAUUCUCCCGGCUCCUCAAUGUACGCCAAGUUCGCCACACCACGGUGGAGGACAUCCUUCACGGCAUUGUCAACUACAUGUUCAGCACAUGGGGCAUCAUCGUUUCCAUCUCAUCUAUCGACCUGAGAUGGACGGAUCGCACGAAUGAUGUCUUUGCGCUCCGGAAUGAAAGCACCAUCAGCUCUCUGCUCAUGGAAAACCGUCCCAAUUGGCAGACGUCUCAGGAAAGUACCAUUUUCCACAUUCUUCGUCCUUUCACAGGACCCACCUGUCCAUAUGUCAUGCGGAUGUAGUGUCACAAGGCACUUCCACAUCCCUGUUAUCUACCUUGAUCUGACUCGAGACCAACCGACAGGAAC